UCAGGAUCACCAUCAGGGGCGGAGCCGGCCCGGAUCACCUGGGCCAAGGCGGAACUGUAGGGUCUGGUCGCUGUACUGAGAACCUGGAAUUAGGCUCACCUGUGUGGGGGGCCAGAGGCGGGACCAAAGCUCACCUGCGCCCGCCGAAACCUGACCCGGGAGUAGCCCCCGGGAUCGCCCAGCGCGUAGUGGGAGGCGACCCGACUGGCCCCAUCUGAGCCACCCUCCGCCCGUCUGAACCCGUGGGGCCGCCAUGACCUGGAGCGCCACGGCGCGGGGCGCCCACCAGCCCGACAACACCGCGUUCACGCAGCAGCGCCUCCCCGCCUGGCAGCCGCUGCUGUCGGCCAGCAUCACGUUGCCGCUCUUCUUCUGCGCGGGCCUGGCCUUCAUCGGCCUGGGCCUGGGCCUAUACUACUCUUCCAACGCCAUCAAGGAGCUAGAGUACGACUACACGGGCAACCCCGGCACCGGGAACUGCUCGCGGUGCGGCGUGGCCGACCAGGACCGCGCGCCACCGCCCACCUGCUUGUGCGCCUGGUACUUCUCACUGCCCGAGCUCUUCCAAGGCCCGGUGUACCUCUACUACGAGCUCACCAACUUUUACCAGAACAACCGGCGCUACGGCGUGUCCCGCGACGACGCGCAGCUGAGCGGGCUGCCAAGCGCUCUGCGCCACCCGGUCAACGAGUGCGCCCCCUACCAGCGCAGCGCCGCCGGCCUGCCCAUUGCUCCCUGCGGUGCCAUUGCCAACAGCCUCUUCAACGACUCCUUCUCGCUGUGGCACCAGCGCCAGCCCGGAGGGCCCUACGUCGAGGUGCCGCUCGACCGCACCGGUAUCGCCUGGUGGACCGACUACCACGUCAAAUUCCACAACCCGCCGCUGGUGAACGGCAGCCUGGCUCUGGCCUUCCAGGGAACCGCGCGCCCGCCCAACUGGCCCCGGCCAGUCUACCAGCUCAGCACUGACCCCAACAACACUGGCUUCAUCAACCAGGACUUCGUGGUGUGGAUGCGCACCGCGGCGCUGCCCACGUUCCGCAAGCUGUACGCGCGCAUCCGCCAGGGCAACUACUCGGCCGGGCUGCCCCGCGGCGCCUACCGCGUCAACAUCACCUACAACUACCCUGUGCGCGCCUUCGGUGGCCACAAGCGCAUCAUCUUUAGCAGUAUCUCGUGGAUGGGCGGCAAGAACCCCUUCCUGGGCAUCGUCUACUUGGUCGUGGGGUCCCUCUGCAUCCUCACAGGCUUCGUCAUGCUGGUCGUCUACAUUCGCUACCAGGACCAGAACGACGAGGAUGAGGACCAAGAAUGAUUCCUGCUGAAAGCAUCCAUCCUGUUCUUGCCAAAACUCUCUUGCGAGUUUCAUCUGGCUUCCCCCCCUCGCCUCUCAUCCAAUCCCAACCUAGCCUCACUUCUCCUGCUGUGGAUGAGGGGACCGGAGAGAGUAAUUACACCCCAUUGGGGGCUACCAGACUCUUGCUGGGAUGUUUAGGUUGGAUGUUUGUGACAAACUUGCAAAAUCUCCCCACCUACUUCACGAUUUACCGAGUUGACAUGUUAGGUUCUUAAGGUCCGUAACAUUUGAGAUCGAGAGGGACGCCAUAGACUCCUUUUCCUCUAUUUAAUGAAGAGACUGAGACCUAGAGAUGUUAAAUAAUUCAUUCAAGAUCAGGCAGCUACUCAUUGGCUCCUGACUCUCAUUCUGGAGAGUUUACCACUUAGUACAGUGGUUUUCUUUCUUUUUCCUUCCUUUCUUUUCUUUUUCUUUUAUUGCCGGGAGGUGGGUGGGAAGGUGGGGUAGACAGUGAAGCCCACAAAUAACCUGCUGAAGUAUGAACAGCUGGGGGAGUCCAUCUUUGUUUAAAAUGUAGAUGGAUUAGGAGGCACCAUCCCCAGAGAUUCUGACAGAAUAAGGUUGGGGUGAGAUCCUGGAAGCUGCAUUUUAACAAGCCCCUCUGGAGGUUUUUCUUGUAACCCCUCAAACUGGGGAAUUACUGCCCUGAACCAGGAAACAGGUACAAUACUGGAUGUUUCCCUAUUUCUUUAUGUGUCUGAGGCUGGUCCUGAAGCGAUCACCAGAGGCCAGUUUUUCAGAUAGUUAUUUAGUCCCAGGGUCAGUGGCAGUCAAUGGUGUAGGUUUGGUCUAGCACUCCACCUUGACCAUAGAAGGGAUUGUUUUAACCUUAGGAUCAGCUGGAAGGAAUCUUAGAGGGAAAGUGCUUUUCCUAAGUCAUAUUUAUACCUACCUUUUCCCUGAGGUCUAAGAAAAAAAAAACCUUAAAUCUAUGUUCUCAAGUGAAGUUUCUUUGUUCCUAGUAGUUAUGUUUAAAUGAAUGCUAAGGUGUAUAGUCUUAUAUGUAAAGUAGAAUCUUAAGAAUUAUUUGAGCAUUUGAGAUAAUGUUAAACUCUGAUUACUCUAAAAUUAUCCUAAUAUAUACAAAGUUAUUCUAAGAAACAAUAGAAUUAUUUUUUAAAAAAUCUUUUUAUGCCUACAGAACUUAAAAAAAACUUAGUGAUAUCAUCUUAACCAGCUUAUUUGCUGAAAGCAAACAGUUGUGUGGCAUUCUGUCAGACGGGAUUCUCCAGCACCUGCUCUCCAUCGUAGCUACUUUCCAGUUGCUACUGUCUUUGCUCAGACCAGUAAGGCGGUUCAAGACCUUGGAGUAUUUUGUUUUUAGUAAUCAAAGAAAUACUGAGUUGUAUUGAGUGUUUUUACAUUAAUUCUAAUUUACUGUACUCUAGCUCUUUAAAAAUUAAUGAUUGAUAGACAGCAUGCAUGUUCCUGACAUCUGAUCAGAUCUCUGGGAUGUGAUUUAAGAGAUUCUGUUCCACUAUUUACAUACACUAAGACAAUUUUUAGCAAUUUCAGUGUGUUGGCCUCCCAACUCCUGAAGGUGACAGAAUUUAAUUGUCAGAUUGCGCACUGUGAUUUUAAGCUAUGAAAAUAUGAUCAUUAUACAGAGUAAUCUGUAUUUUUAAUGAAUGUUUGAUCUAGCAGUUCACUAGCCUAGCCCUUCUUUGUGUUGGAGGUGAGAAUUCACUACAUUUUUUACUGUGUACUUGAGAGCAACCAUGUAUUUUGCUAUCAUCUGUACAAUAUUCAGGCUAUUGCUGUAACAUUUUAAGUGAGACUACAAAAUUUAAGGUAUCUGAUUAAAUCAAUGAGUAAGGUUCCAUGCCCUAUUCUCUGGGUUUUUGAAAGCGAAUAAAGGUUAUGUUUGUUUUAACUUUGUUAUCACAUUUGCUUAAUGCUUUUGAACUAUGAUCUUAAAGGCACAAACAGUACCAACCUCUUGGCUCAUUUGUUACUAGCAGACGUAUUGCAGCAAGAAAGUCAUCCUUCAGAAUAAGGCUCAAAGUGAACUCAGUCUUUCUGUGCUAACUUUCUAAAGCCACAGGAACUUAUCUCAACAUCAAUGUACAGUAUGAAUUAGAUCUUCAAAUAUUGUUUGAUUUUGUGAAAAUGAGGUCGAUUUUAAAAUAUACAUAGUAUGAAAAGUUAUUAAUGAAUGUGAUGAUAGCAGUUUUCUUUAUUUCUGGAUCUUUCUCAAAUUCUGAACUGCAAUUAUUUGUGAGGUAUUUGUACUACAAAACCACAGAAACCUUAAAAGCAAAAAAUGUGAAACAUUCUUGUGCUGUAGCAUUUUGUUUGCUACCUCAGGAUUCUAGCUGGGAUUGAAUUCUUUUGUUGCCAGUAAGUGUAUCCUAGUUGAAUCUGUCUUCUGGACUGAGAAGAGUGAACCUCAACAAUUGGACUGUAAAGGUGCUUUGAUCUAUAUUGAUACAGCAAAAAAAAGAGAAACUAAUGUGGCUAAUGGGAACUCCUGAAAUAGAAUAAUAUAACAAAGAUUUUUUCCAUGUCUCUCCAGAAUCAAAUCAAUUAAACAAACAAUUUACCAACUA